AUGUCGUCGAAUUUAGUUAGUCUGGAUUUUAUGCCAUUUGAGGAUUCCGGUGAAAACUAUCUCUCAUGGGCGCUCGAUGCAGAGCUGCAUCUAGAAGCGAAUAAACUUGGUCAUACGAUCAUUGGGGGAGAUUGUACGUCAGACGAACACGUUAGAGUUGUAGCUUACUUGCGCCAUCACCUCUCCCCAACCCUGAAACGUGAGGUAGCACACUGUAGAGAACCUCAAAGGUUAUGGAGUACCAUAAAAGGGAAAUAUGACCAUUUUAAGGUGGUCACCCUGCCAAAAAUUCGUGACCAAUGGAUUCAUCUGAGGUUUCGGGAUUUUAAAUCCGUAUCGGCUUACAAUUCUGAAUUGCAUAAAAUCGAUGCUCAAUUUGAGAUGUGCGGUGAGCCGUUAUCAGAAGAAUCUAAGCUAGAGAAGACGCUGAGUACUUUUCAUGCUUCCAAUAUUGUACUCCAGCAGUUAUAUCGGGAACGCUGUUUUACACGGUAUUCUGAUCUUAUAUGUUGUCUUCUCGUGGCUGAGCAGAAUAACGAAUUGUUAAUUAAAAAUCACGAGUCUCGUCCUUGUGGUUCUGCUCCGGUGCCUGAAGUAAAUAGGGCAUCGUAUUCUGGACAUGGACAUGAUCGUGGUAAGCAGGGUUAUCGUGGAAAGAAGCGUAAACGAGGAGGCUAUAGGCAUAUAAAUGCCAACAACCAUCCGUAUAACAAAAAUGCAUCCUGCCGCGCUGAUCUCUGUGAGCCUCACAAGAAAAAGGAAGCAAACGUUGAGAUGAAUUCGGCAGAACGCAAUAUUUCCACUGAAUCUCCAAAGUUAGAGGUCUCUGACUACCUACUUGCUUUUGAGGGCAAUGAAUACCAAACUGCUUUUGACCAGUUUGCUGAUGGUUUGUUUAGUGUAAAUUAA